AUGGGGAACGCCGCCCCGCACCGCCUAGCCGGAAGAGUCAUCCUCUCCGACGGCGGCGUCCUCACCUACGACUCACCAAUCACCGCCGCGGAGCUCAUGCUGGAGCAUCCGCAGCACGUGGUGGUGGAAUUCAAUCCGAUCGCGAGCGGCAAAAAGCCGGCGCCGCUCCCGGCGGAUCAGAAGCUCGAGAUCAGGAAAACCUACCUCAUGCUCCGGAUCAGGAGGGGAAAGCCGAUCCAGCUGUCGUCGGAGGAAGCUCGGCGAUUAAUCCUCGCGAACGGCGCAGCGCUCAGAUCGAAUGCCGCGCUGGUGUCGUACACUGGAUUCCUGCCGAUUUUCGCGCGGAUUUGCACCGCGAUCGGAGGCGCUGGUGGCAUCUCCGUGGCGGAGAAUAGGAAGCGAUCGGAGGAGGAGGAGGCGAGAUUGGAUUGCUUUGCGGAGAUAUUGGAGGGGAGGCCGGAGUUUAUGAGGAGACAGAUGUCGGGGAAGGGGUGGAAGCCGAGCUUGGAUCCGAUUCGAGAGAAAGCGGUGAAGGCGAAGGUUCGGCAUUGGAUAAUGUAA